AUGAUCAGUACCGAGUCUACUCCCGCCAGCCAACCGACCACCACUACUAAUAAUGAAUCUACUCUUACUAUCGAGACUACCACCACAAGCGAAUCGACGACGAUUAGUGAGCCAGCCAGCACUAGCGGACCGACCAGCAGUGACUUGAGCACAACCAGUAAUGAGUCUACUACGACUAAUGAAGCAACCACUACCAUCAUACCUACAACCAUAACGAGUAUGAUCAGUAUACCAGACACUACUAGUGCUCUACCUUCAACUGACCAAACUACCACGAGCACAGAAUCUUCCACCGCCGAGGAUUCAACAAGCAACACGAGUGUGACGAGCGAUCUCAUCACGACAAUGACCAGCCAAUAUCCCGGUUCCACAUCUGAACAGGUUACCUCGACUUCUUCAGAAAGCUUUGACGUCACUUCGAGUGAUCAUCACUGA